UAGGAGGUUAUAUGCUCCACGUGUUGUUACUCCCAUGAAACAUGUAAAUCCAGCCUUUCUUGCAAGAGAAAGUUUGGGGCCUGUGACAAUGGUCUAUUGGGACAUCAAUUCGUGUCCGGUUCCCCCUGGCUGUGAUGCCAGUCUGGUCGGUCCGUGCAUCAAGCGGUUCUUGAAGAAAGAAGGCUGCUCUGGUCCUCUCUCCAUCACUGCCAUUGGAAGACUAACAGAAGUCCCUAAUGACAUUCUUGAAGGAGUCUAUUCCAGUGGAAUCGCUCUUAAUAACAUUUUCCACGGGUUUUUUGACACUUUGGAUAGUCUUCUUUCUCGCUUUAUGAAUAGUAAUCCACCUCCAGCUAAUUUUAUGGUCAUAUCCGAUCCAAAAUCCUUGGUCACACCCUUUUUAACAUCCUACCCUUCUAUGAUUGCUUCCCGGCUAAAAUCGAGGGGAUACAACGUUCUUCAGCCGGUUCCAUGCGAUUCUCUUAGCUUGUUUUCUCUUGAGGAUGAUAAGUGCGUUGAUGAAACGAGUGAGUCUGCCUUCUGGAUUUGCUCAGUAUGCGACAAGGAUCUACCUUACCAAGGCUUUGAAAAUUUCAACACUCAUGUUACUAGUAGGCGACAUAAACGCGAGUUGUUGGACUGUUUGCCUGCGGAUCAUCGUUUUACUAGACGUGAAGAAGAAGAAGAAGAAGAAGAAGAAGAAGAAGAAGAAGAAGAAUAAAGCGAAACUCGUAUGAUUUGAAGGCCCAUGGUGUGGGUUUAACUAGUAUGAUUAUUUUCAAUUAAAUAAAAGCGAAACUCGUGUAAUGGCAAAAGUAACUUAAAGAACAAGUAACAGUUUUAUGCAGUUACUAACGGAAAAUUGUUUUUAAAAAAAAAAGGUUUAAUA